UGCGAGAAGUUGGAUAUAAAGUCUUCCAAUGGCAAGGGGCGCUUGUUCGACGCUUUUCCGUCAAUCCGCUGCGCAUUGCAUGGGGCGUUUAGAAAUCAAGGCUCCAGUGUGAUUGGGGCGUGGCCAAUCAUUUACUAAUACAGUACAUCAAGCUUGUUCCUGAAGUGGCAGCAGGGCGCUCGUUUGGAAGGGGCCACCAUGUUCUUCCACAUAGUCCUGGAGCGCACAAUGCUCCUGCACCCGCGCUUCUUCGGCCCCAAGCUGCGCGACACGCUGACUCAUCAGCUGUUGCAGGAUGUCGAAGGUCGAUGCGAUGGGAAGAAUGGAUUCAUCGUGGCGGUCACCAAUGUGGAUCCCAAGGGAUCAGGGGAGAUCACGUCGGGGACCGGUAUGGUGAAGUUUCCGGUGUCGUACAACGCGCUGGUGUUCCGGCCGUUCAAGGGGGAGGUGCUGGAGUGCGUGGUGACGCAGGUCUUCAAGAUGGGGUUCUUUGCGGAAGCUGGUCCACUGCAGGUCUUCGUAUCAAAUCAUUUGAUACCUGACGACCUCACCUUCGACUCCACACAAGAGCCGUGCUUCAAGUCAGACACUGGCGAAUGGCGGAUACAGAAAGAGACGGAAGUGCGGCUGAAAAUAGUGGGCAUGCGAAUAGAUGCGACGAACAUUAGCGCCAUUGGAACGAUUAAGGACGACUUCUUAGGCGAAAUAAGGGAUGACGCAACGGGCACAUAAAUCUGCGACUGGCUGGGUUGUUGACACUGCAUCGAAGCGCUUCCUGGACAAUCGCAGAACUCUUUGGCUGUCAAGAAUUGUCAAAGAGUCAGCUGUGUAUCGUCAAGCUCGUCGUGUAGCUGUUCUGGAGCAAUCUCGACUAGUCGGAUAGGCGAGCAAGAGGGACAUACGGCCAUGUAAGAAGCAGGCAAGCGUCUUGGUUCUAGAGGUCGAUUCGGGCAGCUCCUUCAAGGUUCUACAACUCUAAUCAAUCUCGUACGGAUGGCGACAGAGCGUCGGAACAGUUACACAGGGGCGAAGGUCAGCAGGGCAACAUCAGUUUUUCAGAGUUCUCUGUUGCUACUUCAUGACUCGCUUCUCUAGCUCGCGAAGUUUGGCACCUUUUACCGGCGCUGCACACGCAGUAAAACUAGUGUCGACACUGUUUUCCCGUCUGAUCACUUUGCGAAGUAGCAAGUUCUCAAUCGAGGGUGCGGCAGUUGCGCUCUGCUGAUCAUUUUGCCAUUGUGUCCAAUGGGCGAUCGACCCCUGCGAAGUUCAAUACUCAAAAGGAUCUACAGGAAUACAUAUAUGGAGUGCUCGGCGCAACGACCUAACUGUAGAUUCUUAACCAAGUUAUAUGAGGAAUAAAUUGCAAAUCCGGUGAUCCGCUUCUAGUUCUUUUUCAGAGGUAGAAGUGUGGCAUAAUUCAACCGCUUGCCUGAGG